GCCCUACUUUCAAACGCAUCGCCCUUAUCUCCUGAACCAUUGACCUGUGUCAAAUAAACCAGACACAAUCGCCAUACAAAUCUGCGCAAAUUCCGCCAUGCUAAAUCUGGGCUUGAUAACUUUUUUGGCAGUUGCCUCCGAAAUUUCAGGCGAGACUUGCAGGGAUUCCAGUGGCGUCACUGUUUGCGUGGGCUUAACACUCAAGCCGACCCACAAAAUUAAUAUAAGGACUAAUCAGACGAAAUUGUGUAUUCUUCAUGGAGAUAACAGCGCAAUACCGUCGUCGGCUUUCACGUCCAUGCCGCAGUUAGAAGGUCUCUACUUUAAUACGACGAACGUCCGGGAGAUCGCCCUGAGGGCUUUUGAUGGGCUACCUCACUUGAAAAUUUUAGGUUUCUUUGGUAAUAAAAUCGCUAACAUCGAACAGGCAGUGUUUCUCGAAUGUGGCGCUCUGGAAACUCUUGACUUAUCCGGGAACGAUAUAGAGUUCUUAAGUCGGAUCAACUGGGUAGGGUUAGAAAAAUUGAAGAAUUUAUACGUGAAACAUAAUUUUAUUAGAAGUAUCUGCGAAGGCGGGUUAGAGCCGUUGAGAGAACUGGAAUAUCUAGAUUUAUCGCUCAACUAUUUGGAAAGUUUGAACAGCUCAAGUUUUCGGAUAUUUAAAAAGUUAAUUAAAUUAAACUUGGCUUCUAAUAGAAUCAAAACUAUCGAAAAUGGUGCGUUUAAUGGACUAGUGAAACUCGAAGAGCUUAAUUUAGAAGGCAAUCACCUCAAGGAAAUUGAAGUUGAGAACGUUAUGGAGAAUUUACUCGCCUUAGAAAGAAUUCACCUGGCGCAAAAUAAUUUUAUUUGUGAGAACUUUAGUCGACCAACUAACCGGAGCAUUUUAAUUUUUUGCAAGAAAAGUGCAAACAUUAUUUCGUAAAGUGGUGUGUACAUUCUAGCAAAAAUAAAUCUUUUUUGUGCAUUUUAAA